UCGAGUAAUACGAUUAUUUCUGUACAAAACGCGUCCCGGUGCAGAGGAGUCAACACAUGAUUGCAUUCUGCUGAGAUUAAUCGCGCGUGCACCGGUUUUCGUAUUAUAAUUUACCGUCGACAUUAUUAUUAUUAUUUUUUUUUUUUUAUUGCCGUUAUUGUUAAAACUCUCAUUGCACUCUAAACUUUUUUUUCAUUUCAUAAAUUUCCGAGUAAUAACGUCAUGCAAAUAUCGUGAGUUUUGAGGUGACAUCCGUUUUUACCAUCGUUGUUUUUGUAUUCUCCUUUCACCAACGCCUGUUGCUUUUGAAAAUGUUCAUAAACGAAUUUCCAUUCAUGGAGUCCAUGCCGUCCAACAACAAUUUUGUACUCAAGUCCGAACCGUUCAGUGAAGGCAUUUACAAUGGAAACGUUUGGAUUACAGCAGAAUCGGACCUCAACGGCAUGCCGGUACAUCGCGAGCAGACGUAUUUGCAGACCAUUGACACGCCGCAGGUACACUCGCCGCCCAUGACCAACCAAAACCAGGCGUGCUCUAUCUGUGGCGACCGGGCUACCGGCAAACAUUACGGGGCGGCAUCCUGUGACGGCUGCAAAGGAUUCUUCCGUCGAUCCGUUCGCAAAAGCCAUUUCUAUUCAUGCAGAUUUUCAAGAAAUUGUAUCGUUAACAAGGACAAGCGCAAUCAGUGCCGAUAUUGUCGUUUGCGGAAAUGCUUCAAAGCCGGGAUGCGAAAAGAAGCUGUGCAAAACGAACGCGACCGAAUCAACUGCAGACGACCCAGUUACGAAGAGCAACCAUGCGCUAGUGGUUUAUCCGUCACAUCACUAUUGAACGCCGAAAUCUUGUCCCGCAGCGAAUCCGAUACGGCUGAGGAUACUAACUUAGCGAACAAACACGUGGCGAACAUCGGAGACGUGUGCGAAUCUAUGAAAACCCAAUUGCUUUUCCUGGUCGACUGGGCCAAGCGCAUACCCGCGUUCACAGAACUACAACUGAAUGACCAGGUUUCGUUGUUGCGGGCUCACGCGGGAGAACACUUGCUCUUGGGUUUGGCCAAAAGAUCGUUAAUGCUCAAGGACGUGUUGCUGCUGGGUAACAAUCGUGUUAUAACCCGUCACGUACCCGAUAACGGGAUCCCGUCGGACUUGGACAUAAGCAGAGUGGGCUCACGCGUAUUGGACGAACUCGUCAAACCGUUGAACGACGUGCAGAUCGACGACACCGAAUUCGCGUGUCUAAAGGCUAUUGUUUUCUUCGAUCCAAAUGCCAAAGGCCUGAACGAAUCGGACCGCAUUAGACGUAUGCGCAAGCAAAUCCACAGAAACCUAGAAGACUACAUCAGCGACAGGCAAUAUGAGACUUGCGGCCGGUUUGCCGAACUGUUGCUCACACUGCCGGCGUUGCAGUCGAUCACUUGGCAAAUGAUCGAACAAAUUCAAUUCGCAAAAUUGUUCGGAAUGGCGCACAUUGAACCGCUGUUGCAGGAGAUGUUACUCGGAGGAGCUUCAAUUGACGCCGAUGCAAACGCCCAUCAAGAUAACAAAAACAUCAAUGUCAUCAAUGUGCCAUAAACUAAAUAAUUCAUUACGAUUCCAGAACGUCUAUUGCGAUUGACCACCAGAACGUUGGAUUCUUUUUAUAUAGCUUCGUAUAUAGGUCGAUAACUUCUAUAUUCACUUUACAUAAUAUAAUGUUAAACGUUAAUAAUCGUCAUAACUCAUAAUAUAUUGCCUCGACUUGUUUGAAUAAUAAU